AUGUGGCCGUGUCGCACGGACACUACGCGGGCGAUGGCUGACGGCUGCUGGGGGCCGUCCGGGCUUUGUUUCUGGGAGGGACCGUUGCUCGGCUUUGCGCCCGGCGACAUGCAAGCCGGACUCAGCGGGGAACAUUUCAAGACGAAGCCGGGCUUUCUCCAGCCGGCUCCUCGCCAUGGACUGAGCUUUGGAGUGGACUUCACUGCUGACCAUGGCCGCUGCCGCCACGGCCUGGGUGGCCAGUUUAGCUUCCCGCUCUGCGUCCCUCACCUGACCCGUUACACGCUGGGAGUUUUCACCUGCGAAGGAGUGUACGGAAAUGGAGUCGAUGCAUCUGAGGAAAUGGGGACAAACAGAAACCUCCUCCUUCAUGGAGCUUGGGCUCUUACCAAGAGAAGCUUUGCUAGUCACGGCCUCCGCUCGCUGCAGCCACGCAACAACAGAGUCCACAGGAGCAGGAACACUCUGGUCCAAGUCUGCUUUACACCUUCGGAGCUGGAGAAUGACACACAAGCAUCCCGCUCUGGGCAGCGUCUUACGGCAGCGAGGAGGGUCAUCACCGGUCUCCUCUGCUCGGAGAAGGAGCUGGCGAGGCCUUGGAACACCUGGAACAUCAAACACAGCGAUGAUGUGCGAUCGUUCAGCGGCCUCACCCUGGGGCUCCAGGAGGCGGGGGAUGUGAAGCUCCUGCUCAGCCAGAUGAAAAGCUUCCUCCAGGUUCUCCUGGUUGCUUCUGGACGGCACCAGAGAGAGAUCAACCAGCUCUGGCCUGAGAGAGCACAGGAUGGCCAAGAAGGCCUCUCCGCUUCUCCAGCUGGACUUAAACCAUCUUACCACAAUGGCAGUGAUAGAAGUGCCGCAUUUUACAGAGUUGGCAGUGAAACUCACAUGACAGUGGAGAAUAAUGGUCCAUAUGAGGCCAAGGAUGAUGGAUGGACGCCCAUCUAUGAUGUCUGGAAAACUAUCUUUAGACAUCGGGUCAGAGUCAGCAGCUCAAGGUCUCUUUCCGAUGAGAUCCAGCACGAGUCGCUCCACCGCUCCCUGAGCAGCCAGAAGUUAGUGCGCCCAUUUGUGACGACUACUGCAAGCAUUCACCCCAAACAGCAGGAAACUUCCUCCUACGUUACCACUGAACUUCCCGGGAGUAUGGCUGGACGUGCGUUUGCAAAUUGGUGGGCCUUGAUGGGCCCUUACUACACCAAGGCAUUCCCAGAGAUGUGGGUUGGAGUUGGCAUCAUGACAUACCUGUACUACAAAGUUUCCUAUGGGGGCAAGAAGGCUGUGAAGGACAUCGCCUGUUUGUUCAAAUUCCUCUCUUGGGACAGAGAUGAGCUUCCUGCUCUGGGCCGAAGCAGUGAGGUACUGGUCUGGUAUGUAAACUGUUAG